UGUGUGGUUUCUCGACUCCUGAACAGUGCCAAAUGCAAUUCGCUGCUAUAGCUGGGCGGCGGUUUAGUUGGAGCCCCAGGAUAAAUAAAUACUUCCUGUUGCUUCACACGCACACUUUAUGGUAGUACAAGUUAUUUAUGAAGGCGACUUUUUCAUCAGUUUAUCAGAUAGCUGAAAACGCUAUCUUCCAGUGACAGUGCGUCGUCCAACCCCUCAGCCUUAAUGGUCCCCAUUUUGGUAUGAAACAUUGGAGCUUUGUCGUUUACAGUCAGAUUUGUAUAGAAAAUGAUUCAAAAUGAGUCCGUCCAAAUUCUUUGUGUGCUUUUUGCUAAUUUUUGUAAAGUCAGAGCUGGUGCCGGAAUUGAACACGACACAACUGCAAGAUAUGCCGCUCCAAGAUCCAGAGAGUCCAGAGAAGGAUCCCAAACCCUCGGACUUUCAAUUCCUAAUUACAGGCGGAUAUCGGCCCAAAACAAACAAACUGGUCAAAUAUGUGGUUUCGUUGCGAUUGGGCAAGUCCAAGAAGUUCUUCGGGGAUAACCACUUUUGCGCCGGUGCGAUCUUUAGCCCACGGGCCAUUCUAACAGCGGCCCACUGCCUAUAUUCCAAUCGUCGCAAGCUGAUGCCCAAGAAGUUGACGGUCAUCGCUGGGACGCCAAAGAGGCUGGUGAAAAGCGGUUCUACACAGAUUGUUCAAGCCCAAAAACUCAUUCCGCACCCUAAGUACAAGAAGGGCAAAUCGCAGAAAUAUGACAUUGGUAUUGUGCUGAUGAAGGAUGAUCUCGAUCUAGGGGGCUCUGCCGCCAGUAUACCUCUGUAUAAUAAGGCUCCGGUGGCCGGUGUCGAGUGCAGCAUCGUUGGCUGGGGAACGGUUAUACAGUUCGGCCCACUUCCGGAUGAGGUCAUCAAUGGCGAUGUGAAAAUCCUGCCAGACUCCUUCUGCCGAAAGCAGCUGGGCUGGAGCAACUCGGGCAUGCUCUGCGCCAACGACCAGACCAACACCGAGGUGGACAGCUGCCAGGGUGACUCGGGCGGCCCGCUCAUCUGUGACAACAAGGUGACCGGCAUUGUGUCCUUCGGCACGGGUUGCGGCGAACCCGAUUCGGCUGGAAUCUACACCGAUGUCUACCACUUUCGGGAAUGGAUCAACGAGAACUCCUGCCCCCGGACCAUAUAUCCGAUUCGCACCCUAUUGAUCCUGAUGCUGCAGCUCCAACUGGCCUUUCUGGCCAGAGUUACGGGUGUAUCCUAGCGCCUAGUGCCUGCUAGG